ACUGUCGCACUGUCGCGGCUCAGGCUGUCACGCCGUCACACUGCUGUCGCUCAGGCUGUCGCGCCGUAGCGGCUCAGGCUGUCUCCCUGUCGCACUGUCGCGCCGUCACAGCCUCCCUCUGUCGCACCGCCGCGCCGUCGCACGGCGCCAUCACGCACCGACUCCUCCCGGCCGCCAGGUGUCGCCGCGGCCCCACCCCGCCUCUCCCAGCAUGCACCGCGCUCGCGCCAUGGCCGCUCUGCUCCGCCGCUGCUGAGAGGCGCCGGGCCCGCACCGCCGCCGCCGCCGCCCCGCCCCUCCCCGCCCCGCCCGGCUCCACCCGGCCCCGUUCCGCUCCGCUCCGCUCCUCCGCUCCGCUCCUCCUCUCUCGCAGGGCUAUGGCCGAGUGGGCCCCCGCUCAGGACCUGGAGUGGGCCAUGGAACCCCAGGAGCUGUCCCUGGAACAGCCCUUGGCCGCCCCCGAGGAAGGGCCGGGCGGGGAGGCCGAGCUGCCCGCCGCCGAGAUCUCGGUGACGCUGGUGACAGAGGUGCAGGCCGUGGACAGGAAGGUGGAGGCGCAGGCGGCCCAGCUGAUGAACCUGGAGGGCAGGAUGAGGAUGGCCGAGAGCAAACUGAUCGGCUGCGAGAGGACGGCUGUGGAGUUCGGCAACCAGCUGGAGAGCAAAUGGACGGCCCUGGGUACCCUCAUCCAGGAGUACGGGCAGCUGCAGAAGAGGCUGGAGAACAUGGAGAACCUGCUGAAGAACAGGAACUUCUGGAUCUUGCGCCUGCCCCCCGGGGCCAAGGGGGAGGUCCCCAAGGUCCCCAUGGCGUUUAACGACACCUCAUUUAGCUUCUCGGAGGACGAGUGGAAGAACUUGAACGAGUGGCAGAAAGAGCUUUACAGGCAUAUCAUGAAGGGCAACUACGAGGCCGUGAUCUCGAUGGAUACGGCGAUUUCGAAACCUGACCUCCUGUCACGGAUUGAGCAAGGAGAGGAUCCCAAUGCUGAGGACCAGGAUGACUCUGAGGGAGGAGAAACCCCUACGGAUCCCAGCACCGAGUUUUUCUUCCCCGGUCCCGAUGACAACUCGUGGAGUAAAUACGAAGAUACCCUGGCUGAAAGUCACUACGGUUCUGAAGAAGAAGAAGAAGAGGAAGAAGAAGAGAGCAUGGAGGCUCCCAAUACAUAUGCGCAGCAGUGCGACGAGGAAAGCCCCGACAGCCUCGAGCUUCCUGCCUCGUUAGCGGGAAAGUGGGAUGAUGUUUUCUCCAACCCGGAGGAAGAGUUAAAGCCGAGCAGCAAGAAUCGGAGCGGGUCGGGUGCGCAGCAGAGAGGCGCAGCGGGCAACGGGCUGAGGCGCUCCUCGCGCCGCGGGAGGGAACUGUCAAAGAAGGAAGCUCCCGAGGAAAUGGCCGCAGAGGAGGGGCCGUACAUCUGCUGCGAGUGCGGGCAGAGCUUCCUGGACAAGGAGCUCUUUGCAGCCCAUCAGAGAGCGCACGUGGACGAGGAGGCCUGCACUUCCCUGGAAGCCGGGGAGAGCUUCAGGCAGAAAUCCAAAUCCUCCGCCAAGGGCCAACGCUCCAGACCGUCCAAGCGCGCCAAUUCAGAGAAGGGCUCCGGUUUCAAGUACGGCUUCGUCAGGCCGAACAACAUGGUGGAAAGGCCCUACACCUGCUCGCAGUGCAAAGAGAGCUUCAGCCUGGAGGUGAGCCUCAUCCUGCACCAGAAGCUCCAUACGGGGAAGGGCGACGGGCCGCUGACCUGCACCUACUGCGGGAAGGACUUCCGGGACCUCUCCAAAGCCAUCCGCCACCAGCGCAUCCACACGGGGGAGCGGCCGUACCAGUGCACCGAGUGCGGGAAGAGCUUCAUCCGCAGGGACCACCUGCUCAAGCACUGGCGCGUGCACACCGGGGAGACCCCGUACCAAUGCCCCGUGUGCGGGAAGCACUUCCGCUACAAGGAGUCGCUGAAUUGCCACCAGAAAAUCCACUCCCGCAACCCCCGGCCCAUGGAGGAGGCCCUGCAGCACAACCUGGAGUCGGCCACUCAAACCAGCCUCUUCUGUUUGAAGACGGAAACCAAGCAGUAUGGUGUUGUUCUCAAGGUGACUCCCGUCCCGCGGGACUGCGGGCAGCUCGACGCGAGCAAUGUGUGGGGACGGCCCUUCUGCAGUAAGGGUGUUCGGCCCCGGGCCGUGGAGGUCCCCAACCUGCCGGUUCCGGAGCUGGGGAUGCGGCCGCGCUGCCCCUCACCCUUCCAGCCGCGCGCCGGCCCCGAGCGCACCUCCGAGCGCGAGACACAGACGGCAGAGCUGUCCCUGACCGUGGUGACGGCCGUGCAGGCGGUGGAGAGGAAGGUGGACUCCCAUGCCACCCGACUGCUGGACCUGGAGGGCCGCACCGGGGUGGCCGAGAAGAAGCUGAUCGAUUGCGAGAAGACGGCGACGGAGCUGGGGAACCAGCUGGAGAGCAAAUGUGCGGCCCUGGGCACCCUCAUCCAGGAGUACGGGCUGCUGCAGCGGCGCCUGGAGAACAUGGAGAACCUGCUGAAGAACAGGAACUUCUGGAUCCUGCGGCUGCCCCCCGGCAGGAAGGGAGAAGUCCCCAAGGUGCCGGUGACGUUUGACGACGUGUCCGUCUAUUUCAACGACAAGGAAUGGGAGAAGCUGGAGGAGUGGCAGAAGGAGCUGUACAAGAAUGUGAUGAAGGGGAACUACGAGUCGCUGAUCUCGCUGGACUAUGCAAUUUCCAAACCCGGUGUUUUGUCCCAGAUCGAGCAGGGAGAGGAACCACGGGUCAGGAAUGAGCAGGACUUGGAGGAGAGCGAGAUGAUGAGCGAUGCCACCGCAGCUGGAAUCAGAGUCGUGAUCAAAACAGAGGAGCUGCUUCCAGAGGACAGCCCCGAGAACCCAGAGCUGCACGGCAUGUCAGGGCAAUCGGAGGGCAGCUUCCAGAGCCCAGAUGAGGAGGCUGCCUGCGAGAGCCCCUAUGGCUCCGUGUCCCCUCCCCGAGAGCUGCCGGGCACCAGCCUGGGCGACCCUUCUGAGUACGUCGGGGACUACAGCGAGAUCCAGAGGGUCAUCGUGCACCACGGGAGCUGCACAGAGGAUGGCAUCGUGAUCAAGACGGAGGAGGAGGAGGAGGACGACGUGGACGAGCCGUGCUCCAUGUUCUCGGGCCGCAGCGAUGCUCCGGCGUUCCCCAGCCACGAGGCCGGGCUGGGCUGCGAGGCGCAGUGCAGCUCCAAGGCGGCUCCCCGCAGCCUGGCGGCCGCCCGCGCACACAAAACGCCGUCCUGCGAGAGGGAUGCGGGCGAGAUGAAGCCGGCCACGGCCCAGCAGCAGCGCAACCGCACCAGGGAGCGGCCCUACAUCUGCCCCGAGUGCGGGAAGAGCUUCAUGCUGAAGAUCAACUUCGUGAUCCACCAACGCAACCACCUCAAGGAGGGCCCCUACGAGUGCCACGAGUGCGACCUCAGCUUCCGCAACAAGCAGCAGUUCCUGCUGCACCAGCGCAGCCACACGCGCCGCGGCGUCGGGGUCCCGCGACGUCCCGAGCACGGCCUCAAAGCCCCGGCGCGGCCGCCGGCCCCGGGGAAGCCCUACAAGUGCUCCGAGUGCGAGAGCAGCUUCAGCCACAAGUCCAGCCUCAGCAAACAUCAGAUCACCCACGUCGGGGAGCGGCCCUUCACCUGCGGGGAGUGCCGGCGCAGCUUCCGCCUGCAGAUCAGCCUCAUCAUGCACCAGCGGAUCCACGCCGGCAAGAACGAGAUGGCCUUCCUGUGCCCGCAGUGCGGGAAGAACUUCACGCGGCCCUCCCACCUGCUGCGGCACCAGCGGACUCACACCGGCGAGCGGCCCUUCCAGUGCAGCCAGUGCGAGAAGACCUUCAGCGAGAAGUCCAAGCUCACCAACCACUACCGCAUCCACACCCGCGAGCGCCCGCACGCCUGCGCCGUCUGCGGGAAGGGCUUCAUCCGCAAGCACCACCUCCUGGAGCACCAGCGCAUCCACACGGGAGAGCGGCCGUACCACUGCACCGAGUGCGGCAAGAACUUCACCCAGAAGCACCACCUCCUGGAGCACCAGCGGGCGCACACCGGCGAGCGGCCGUACCCCUGCACCGAGUGCACCAAGUGCUUCCGCUACAAGCAGUCCCUCAAGUACCACCUGAGGACGCACGUGGGAGAGUGAGGGCUGCCGCGGCCCCUCCGCCCCUCCUCCGCCGUCUCUCCCUCCCCCCACCCCGGCUCAGGGCAUGGACAGCACUCGGAAGCUUUGUGGUAGCGCCGCUGCUCUGCUGGAGGCGGCUCGGCUGAUGGGAAAUAAAUUAAUGAGUUAAAGCAAGCGCCGCGCGGCAGAAUUCAAAGAUUAUAUAUAUAUAAAAUUAACAGAAGCAGCUGAUUUAGGGAGAAUCCUCACCGUUAGAGAAAAAAAAAAACAACAACAAAGGAGAGAAAGCUGUACAGGGUGUUUUGCUGGAGUAGGACUCUUAACUGCUUUUUAAAUCUACUGUUUGGUUUUUUAAUAAAUGUGGAGGAACUUUUAA